CUCCCAAAUUAAAAUUAAAAUUUAAAAGCAGAGCUCAGAGCUUCAGACUUCUUUCUUUCUCAAAAAAGUGUUUGUUUGAUCGGAAAAAAAAAAAAAGGUGAGAAAGAUGUCUGGGAGAGCACCGGAGAAAGACGCUAUCAAGGGUGGCGAUUCUGAGAAGGUUGUUGGGGUUGAUAACACGUUUAGAAGGAAAUUUGAUCGGGAGGAGUAUUUGGAACGAGCUCGAGAGCGUGAAAGACAGGAGGAAGAGUCACGUUCUAAAUCCAAAUCAAAAGGUCCUCCAGUGCAGAGGAAGCCUUUGAAACAUAGGGAUUAUGAAGUGGACCUUGAAUCUCGGUUAGGAAAAACUCAGGUUGUUACUCCAGUGGCACCUUUAAGUCAGCAGGCUGGAUAUUACUGUUCAGUUUGUAAGUGUGUAGUGAAGGAUUCUGCAAAUUACUUGGAUCAUAUCAAUGGAAAGAAACAUCAAAGAGCGUUGGGUAUGUCUAUGCGGGUAGAACGGGCAUCUGUUGACCAGGUCAAACAGCGAUUCGAAGUUCUUAAGAAGCGGAGAGUUCCCGGAAGCUUCACAGAGCAAGAUCUUGAUGAGCGGAUAUUAAAGCAGCAAGAAGAAGAGGAGGAACGGAAGCGCCAACGUCGAGAAAAGAAAAAAGAGAAGAAGAAAGAGGUGGCAGAAGAGGAAACUGAAAUUGAUCCUGAUGUUGCGGCAAUGAUGGGAUUUGGGGGUUUCACUUCAUCCAAGAAGUGAUCAUGUUUCAUCAUUCAAUCCCAUAUUUGGAGUGAGCUUUGGCCAUGUAAUCUUUGUAGCAUUGUACUUGUGACAGUUCUGUAUGGAACAGCUUAAUUUAGGUACCUUGACCUUUUAGAAAUUGUUAAAAAAAAAAAAAAAAUUAUAUUGCAUUUGAGAAGUUCUAUGUUAACACUUAA